GGGCCGGCUCGACCAGGUGGCGCCACGGUCGUGUACGGGGAGAGGGCCCAAUUGAGGAGAAGGAACAGCUCGGAAGCUGACGACCAACGUGCGGAUCCUCGGCGUGAGCGAGUCCGGGCCUGAGUUCAUGUCAUGCGAGACGUACUGCGAUCGCCACAGUCUGCGUCUUACGACGGCCUACGGGGGCCUAAACAACAAUAACCAUAACGGACACAAAGACCACCGAUAGCUAUCGUAGUACUUACUGAUAUUAGCGCAACAUUUACAACGGCGUGAAAGCCAAUUUCUCCGCUACUGCUCGGAUACGGCGCAUACAUACAACGGGGUACUUGGCAGGAAGCGUUGAUGUGACAUCCUGCAAGUAGCUGCACAGUCUAUUUCGGUUUGUUGUCCAACAAGCGUUAUCAUUUACUUGCUCCAUAGUGCUUUUUCGUAGUGCUGAUAUAUACAGCGAUCGGUAUAUCAGCAAGCAACGCGUAUAUUACGACCGGCGUCCGGCCUGCUUUUUCUUGCAAUCUGAGCAACGCAAAACCUCUUACCUGUGCGAAGGAUAGGAGAGCUUCCUUAAACAACCUGCCGUAGUGAAACUCGUUCAGCUAACCCGCUGCUCUGUGCUAACGACCCGCCACGAUUGUUUCGCCAACACCGGCAGCAUCUGCCGUCAGUACUGCUAGAAUUAGUAGCUGCUUUGUUGUUUAUUAACCAGCCGUCAUCGUUAAUACCUCGCCGUGACGUCCGGGCGGCUACUUUCCAAGACUCGGCGCGCCACACGCUAGCGUCCAACGCGAUCGCCACUUUCACGUGUGUCUCACCUUAAAAAGUUCGUAAGCGUGUCGACGCCUAGGGCAUCAAGACACAUGGUUGCCAAACCAACAACUACUGUGGUUAAAUACAGCCACUAGCGGCAGCAGUGCUAGUAGCUGCAACGGACUUUAGCUAGGUGCUUCUUUCUAUCAUAUACAUAUAUAUCCAGUGCAGCCGCCGACAGGCGCUCUCCGUUGAACCCCGCUGUGACAACGACACUCGGCGACGACACGAGUCAUUCGGUGUUCGGUGUCUCGAGGCAGUUCUUUGGUGUCGAGUCGAUACGGCCCGCUCAGCCGGCGUCGCUAAGGCUCGUCGUGCCGGCUGUCUUUCGUGUUCUAUACUGAGGCGGUCAUUUAGCCAGCAACAUAUUUAGCAGCGGUAUCUGCUAUGUAGUUUACGAGCACUGUUCUUGAUUUGUGUCGUCGUAUUUUGGCCGUGUCUUUUUUCGGCUACUAAGCCAACGGUUUUUAAUGUGUACGGUCGACGGUGGCGGCAGUGGCGAGGUUAACCUGCGGCCUUGAUCGUGGCUGAGUUUGCAUACCGUUUGCGGUUGACGUCAUUGUUAGUACCGUCAACUGAUUUCAUGAAACAUCGUUCGGUCACAUCCGGAGCGGCACAUGAUCCGAAUCGACAGCUGUCCAAUCACUAGGUUCUCUAUGAUGAAGAGCUGAUUGGGUUACUGAAUCAGCUCGAUAUGUGCUGGGUCUUCGACCCGCCUCAAUGAGAGACGCGUAACAACAUUGAGCUGUUGCAACGAUCUGCAAGGCGCAACUCAAGGCUUGUGGCAAACCUUCUCAACAACCUAAGACAACGGGGAAGCUCGUUCUACAUCGUCCGUUUGAAGUAAUCCGUUCUUUUUUGACUUUUCGCGUUGCGUGUUUGUGUAGUAAAUGUGUUCCUGUCUUUCUAUGUGUUCUCGUUUGCGAGAACGGAUCAUCUGAUCUCUAGCGUUAUCGUUAAGGCGCGUACGUACUCUAUUUGUAUGCGUCCGCAGUCCAGUCGCAGCCGUAUUCCAACAGUAAACGCAGAAGCGGCAAAAGCGAACCACCAGCCAUUGGUUGAUGGCGGCUUGUGGCAUUGCGGUUCUCCAGGCAAGCGCGCUUGGUAAAACUAAUAUGGUAUUGUGACCGCGGUGCAAGCAAAGGGAAACCGAGACAAAGAGAUAUCAAGAGAGAAAAACAACAGAUGUGUGCGCAACAUUCGAGAGCAUUGACGCCAUUUGCCGAAGCUGCAGGCGUUAUGCUUUUAUAGCCAGCAGACAGUGAACCACGGCGACGAAUAGCGUCAGUUCAUAAGGCUUUAACCAAAAGCAGAAGUAGAAAAAUCACGAAUCAUCAGCGAGUCCCAAGAACGAAUUCAACAGGGGAUCAAUAUACAAGCGGGCACGCACGUAGCAAAAGUUCGUUAUAAAUUACUACCUAUCAUUUUAUUACCUUGCUGGUUUCUCGUGCUUGUUAAUAAUACGACUUGUAAUAUCCUCAUCUACGUGUCCGCAAUUGAGCUUUGUUCGCCACUAGAAUUUUUGCGUCCAAGUCUGUGACUAAGUUACUGAGCCGUAUUGGUCACAGGGUUGGCAAUAGGGUAAAGAGUCGUCGCAACAGAGCUCAUAUACUGCCGCCUACUGAGGGGUAAUCGGGAGCCGAGUUAGAGCUCAUCGCGUGCGCGAACCCCAAUGAUCCCGUCAUCGGAUGAGCGAAUGGUUGCGGCUUGUUGCUCUGCAAAAUAUUCUUCUGCCGUGUUGUCGUAGAUCCGAUGCCGGUAAUUACAGAAAUCAGAAAAAUAAUAACAGCAUCGAAAACCAUAGUAGCACAGGGACAGUUUCGAAGGUCUCCAGCUUAGAUGAUGAUAGACAGCAUCCAAAGCUGUUUGCCCCACGACAACUGUAGGAACAGCUACAGCGACAACUACUAUCUUUAGCAAAACUUCUACUGCCGUUUUUACCUAUAGGGCCUUCGCACCAAAGUUUCUAGAGAAUACUUGCCGCCAGUCGAAUUCGAGGUGCAGGCAACAACCGAGAACAGCAAGAGUCAGGAAAGCGAUAGGAGGGUGAAAGGAAAAGUCGGAAAGUUCAACGAAUAACAGGAAACAGCUUGUUCGUUUGACCCGUCGACGUGAUCGGGAUCGUCUGGAGAAGAGAAACGCGCAGACGAAAAAUCUGUUUGCUUUUUGAACGACAAGCAACAGCAGUGACCAACACGCAUUUCUGGAAAAAGUCCACGCUGUGUAAUGAUGUACCAGAUCCUGCAGAGCAGAGCUCGUUGUGUUAUAUACGGUAAAAAGUUAUAGAGGGUGAAGGUGGUCGCAACCGUGGACCUAGCAGGAAUAGCAUUUCUAAGCAGACUUGUGGCAACUCAAGCGGGUCAUCCUGUAUUUCUUUAAGCCACCGCAAAGCAAACACGAGAUGUGGGGUUGACGCAAAAUCCCCUAAAAAAAUCGAGACAAACAAUGCGUGCAUGUGCAAUGCUUAUCAUUGGGCAUUGAAAACAACGUAAUUUUCGUAUUUCGUGGCUUUCCGCAAUAUAGUGGCGGAAUUGUCGUAGUAAAAUUAUGAUAAUGAUAGUGUUAACUGAGAAAUUAUCGGAAAAGAUAAAGAAGUAAAAAGAACGAAAAAACUGCGAAAAGAAUACUCAAGCUUUUCAAAAAUUUUAGUGAAUUCUUUUUGCGCUGAUAGAAGCAGCUUGUUGCUAGCAAAAGGAUGGUGGGAUGGUUUCGAGGAAAGUGUGCUUAGUAAUUGUGGUCAAAGGACGACAGAGAAAAAGUGUCUUUUCCAUCAACACAAAAGAAAAGUACCUCAUCGACGAAUAAAAAAAUCAGUGUAAUAGUGAGCGAUAUUGUGCGGUGGCGAUACGUCUACAAAAAAAAAAGGAAACGAAAGGAAAGGAAAGGAAAAUCAAGUUAGUUUGUUCCUGUUAGUGAAGUGUAUUCGUGAUCAGAAAGGAGAGUCAAUAAUAGUGGUGAAAGUGGAGUGUGAAUGUUAGUGUGAUUAUGUUAUGAGGCCAUAACGAUCGGUGGCCUGUCGACGGAAAGCCGGACUCGCUCGGACCUUCAGAUCAGGGCAGUGGCAGGAUGCAUUUGCCCAGUCCCUGUAGGACUACCGCGUUCUGGAUCGUCGUGAGCCUGCCGCUAUGCACGGCCGUCUUCCGCGACCACAGACAAAAGCGAUUCGCCCUGGACCUUGAGUGGUUUGAGGUGAUUCAUCCACGCAAGGUGACAGCUGAUGGCACGUUUCUUUCGCACCAUCUGGCGCAUUCAGCCGAACCAGGAUCGCCAUCGUCAACAAAUGACGGCCGAGGCAGUCAUCAUAACGAUGACUCGACAGUGUUUUCAUCUUUAUCCUCCUCCGAACCUCAUCAACAUCUACGAAGCCGGCGAAAUGUUCACGGUAGCCCGGCUAGCAGUAACAAAGACGAAGAAGUCUACUAUGAGUUACCCAUCGAAGGUACCAACUACCAUGUCAUGUUACGGCCCAAUCGCUACUUUGUCUCACCAGCGCUGGUAAUCGAACGUCACCGUGGUGUGGGCAAUAUAGCUCAUAGUCGACUACAUUUGGGCAGCCAUAAAAAACACUGCCAUUUCAGUGGGAAGUUACGCAAAUUUAACGGCGGUUACUUGAGCGCCUUGGCAGCCAUCUCGACCUGCAACGGACUGACGGGCUUGAUUCAGAUGGAGGAUGCGGACUAUCUCAUUGAGCCACUAAAAGGAUAUAAUACCACCAGCCCGAAAGGAAAUUGGACAACAGAUGAAGUGAGUGAACCACAACCCCAUCUCAUCUAUCGGAGAUCGGCAGCAUUUAGCCAGUUUAAUGGUAGGGUCAGCCGGCCAAUCGGCGGACCUUUGAUCCAUGACAGUUUUCACAAAGAACACUUUGAAGCUGGCUACCGGGAACGCAUGAAGUAUGAACGGCGACUACGUCGCAAAACGUCAGGAGCAGGCAUAGGUUCUGGCCCUAGCCGACGACGAAAUAAACGAAGUGUAAGCAUUGAACGUAACGUUGAGACAUUACUCGUCGCUGACCGCACCAUGCUCGAUUACUAUAGCAACGAGGAUAUUGAAACGUAUCUACUCACUGUACUUAACAUGGUAUCUACACUAUACCAUGAUGCCUCAAUUGGUAACGCGAUCAACGUGGUCCUCGUCAAAAUCAUUCUUUUGGAAAGCAAAGAACAAGAAAAGAUGUCACAGGAUGAAGAAAUUUUAUCGUCUGUAAGCGACGAGGCCGAGUUGACCCUGAAGAGUUUCUGCAAAUGGCAGAGAUUCGUCAACCCAUCGGAUGAAAGCCACCCGAAUCACCACGAUGUUGCUGUUCUCGUCACCAGGAAUAACAUCUGUACAAAGGGUUCCCAGCCGUGUACGACUCUAGGUCUUGCCGAAGUCGCCGGGAUGUGCCAACCCCAAAGAAGUUGUAACGUUAACGAGGAUUCUGGACUAACUUUAGCCUACACAAUCGCUCACGAAAUGGGACACAACUUCGGAAUGUCGCACGAUGGGCCUCACAACGGCUGCCAGGCUCCGCUCGGUGAACGGCAACAUGUUAUGGCCCCACAUCUGAAUUCAGAUACGUCGCCGCUGGUCUGGUCGAACUGUUCUCGUCAGGAGAUCACGAAUUUCCUCGACCGCGACUGGGGUCGUUGUCUAGACGACGAGCCAUUGGCGCACAACUUUACCUUCCCUGUGUUGCCACCGGGAGCCAUGUACGAUGCUGAUCAUCAGUGUCGGCUACAAUACGGAUCGGAAGCCAAAUACUGCGACGGAAUCGAGACCCUUCUCGAGAGCCCCAUCACCACGACCGCUCACAAUAUCGUCUUGAUUUGCCUCUUAUCAUCGAGAUUAGCUGAGAAAGUGAGUCAGCCGAUACAGCUCACUUUGAUCCUGUGGUCAGAUAACGUAAACGGCACAAAUUAUGACCGUCCUACUAUCAUCGCCAUUAUCAUUGCACCCACAUUGGACAUGACGGAGGACUUCGGAAGCCUCUUUCGUUUAAUUUUCGAGGUGUGUCAGACCCUUUGGUGUCGGCUGAAUAAUAAAUGCGUAACGAAAAUGGAGCCCGCCGCCGAAGGAACCGUAUGUGACAAGAACAAGUGGUGUUAUCUAGGGAACUGCACCGAAAUGGGCGAUCGGCCAGAGGCUAUAGACGGUGAAUGGGGUUCGUGGAGCGCCUGGGGAGAAUGCUCUAGAACGUGCGGAGGUGGAGUUAUACACGCCGAGCGCCAUUGCGACAAUCCAGCACCAGCACACGGAGGUCGAUAUUGCAUCGGUGAACGUAAAAGGUAUCGAAUGUGCAACACUGAAGAAUGCCCAGAGGGAACACCGAGUUUCCGGGCGGAACAGUGCGCCAGCUUUAAUAAUCUACCUUACAAAGGUGAGCUAUUUAAUUGGUCCCCAGUAUCGAUUCCGGCUGCACCGUGUCAACUGCACUGCAAGCCUGACGGCAAAUUUUUCUCGGUCAUGCUAAGGGACACUGUAAUUGAUGGGACACCUUGCCUACCAGGAUCCAGGGACGUGUGCAUAAACGGCCGUUGCAGGAGCGUUUCGUGCGAUUGGGGCAUCGAGACAAGUGCGCAGGAAGAUCGUUGCGGUAUUUGUCACGGCGACGGAACGCAGUGCAGCACCGUACGGCAGAUGUUCAAAACCCGCGAAGGAUUAGGCUACGCUGAGAUCGGGCGCAUCCCUCAGGGAGCACGCAAUAUUCGAAUCGAGGAGGUCAGCGAAUCAACGAAUUAUAUCGCGAUACAAGGUAGCGAUGGAGAAUUUUACCUGAAUGGUGAAUGGUUUAUUCAGUGGUCAGGCGAGUACCCAGCUGCAGGGACAACGUUGUUUUAUCAACGAGAAGGUGAAAAGGAGCUACUGCACGCGCCAGGACCUAUCAAGGAGGACAUUAUUAUCUACCUGUUGUUCCAGUCUGAGAAUCCCGGCAUAAGCAUCGAGUAUACCCUGCCCCAGUCGAAUGCCACUAGGCUACCGGAAUUCGAGUGGAAAUACUCAGACUGGACGGUCUGUUCUGUCACCUGUGGAGGAGGUUAUCAGGAAUCGUUUGCCAAAUGCAUGGAAAAAGAGGCCGGUUUAGUAGAGGACACUCAUUGUGCUCACGCACCCAAACCAAAACCGGUUAAACGAACUUGCAACAUACAUCAGUGCCCAGCUCGUUGGUGGACAGGGCCAUGGCAACACUGUAGCGCCACGUGUGGUGAUCAAGGACGACGUAAACGAACCGUACUCUGCGUCAGAUCGUUGGGUCCAGACGAGCAGCUGGCACUUACGGACGAUAGGUGCGCAGCGGUGACGAAACCCCACGACCUGGAGCCCUGCCCCGUCACGCCACUCUGUCCCGAAGACCCGAACUGGAUCACCUCUGAAUGGUCCGAUACGUGUCGGCAUAGCCCGUGUGCUAAUCAGACACGCGACGUGAGUUGUGGACAGAUCGAGGGCUGCGAUAACGGCACUCGGCCAGCAAAUAUUCGCAUUUGCGAUCCGAGCGAGUGUGGGCGCUGGAACACUGGAGCCUGGUCCGAGUGUUCGGAAUCGUGUGGAGGCGGCCUCCAGGUUCGCAAGGUGACAUGCAGUGGAGGUAACGAACGUUGUGCGCUGAGCGAACAACCAGCUUCCGUGCGGCCGUGCAAUAAAAAUCCGUGCCCUGCCGAAGAAGAACCGUCGGCACCUCAGCCGUACGAUGAUACGGAAGAUGAAGAGCGUCCUCAGGAAGUGGUUGAGGACUCUAAGAGUAACCUGAUGAUCUACCCGCCCGGACAACGGACGGAGGUGCAGGCGCCGGGCACUGACCCGGCUAGUUCAAACCCCACAUGGGGUCCAGGUGACUCCCAGGGUUCUGAUGGGGGUCGUGAGGAGGCCCGCAGACAGCGGGUCACUCUCGAGGACGCUAGGUAUGCCUGGAGAGCAUCCAAGUGGAGUAAAUGUACAAAGGGGUGCGGGGGUGGUCAACGAUCGCGUCAUGUAAAAUGCAUAGACAAAGUGACCCAACAGGAACAGCCUGCCGAGACCUGCUAUAAGCACACGCGCCAUCUUAAGCCCUCGGAUAUGGCAGCCUGCAAUCCCGAGCCUUGCCUCGACUGGGAAGUCGACGAGUGGUCCAAGUGUUCUGCUCGCUGUGGCAACGGCACCCGCGAACGCAUGGUCAGCUGUCCUGUAGCGCACAAAUGUGAUACAUCGCUACGGCCGUCAGCCGUGAUGGCCUGUCAUGGAGGCCCAUGUGAACGAUGGGUUUCUGGUGCUUGGAGCGACUGCCAGGGCUGUGGACAAAAUGGCACGCAAAGAAGAUCAGUGCAGUGCGUUAAUCAUGCCGAUAACACGCCGGCGGAAAGCUGCAGCCUCGCCGAUAAACCUGCACAAGAACAGAUUUGUGAGGGAGCACCGUGCACGACCGAAAGCGAAGCAGCGGAGUUUCGCGUGUGCGUCGAUGAACUGACGUACCAAGAAUGCCAGAACUUCAAGCAUCUCUGCGAUACGAAGGCGACGCCCUACUUCCGUCUGAAGUGCUGUCACACAUGCUCGCUCUACUUGAAUCGAACUUUCAACGAGUGAUCAGACUGGUUGGCGUCAAGAAGGAAGGCAACAGCAAACUGAGGAGGUCACGUUUUAAGGUUGAAGGCUAGGUUACGGAGAGAGAGCUCUGGUUCACAGUUCGUCACCGCUUCUGUUUGCUCUGGCAGCUACGUUUGUAGAUUGACAGUGAAACUUAAAACGACGACGGCAAUGAGCAGAAACGGGAGUAGACCAAAGUGAUCGCAGAAGACUGGCCAUACUCUCGGAUCUGGCUGCAUGGAUCUUUCAUUAUGGACGAGCAGUGAGGAGAUUGCUGGGCCCGAGCCGGAACUCGGACGGCUGAUGGCUUGAAGUGGAACGCAUGCGACUCGACAACACUAUAUGACAGUAUAGCAGAUAAUAUCUUAUUACGCCGCAAUCAGAAGGAACGUGAACUUUAGGUUGUCACAGUCUCCGGAUAGCACAGCAUAUAAAAAGAGACCAAUGCCCGCGAUCAUGCGAUCGACGUGUUAUAAAACUGUAUAAAUAGAAACCUAAAGGAUUUGUUGUACUCAUCAAUGCGAGGAACAGGAAUAAAGGAUUAGAGACGCAGAGAGAAAGUAUCGUGUGGAAUACAAUACAUAUGAUAUAUAUAUAAAAGCAGAACGUGAAAUUGGCCUAAUACGUUAGUUGUGACACCACCAGCGGCAACUCGUUAAACGGAUGUCUGUUUUGAGAACGCGUCGCAAAAAAAUGAUAUUUCUUGUAGAAGAAAACAAGUGAGUAGUAGCGGAAUGAAUAUGACAUUGUACUAUAGUAGUUUAGCUAGCAAUCGUAAUGAUAAUAAUUACAAUAAUGAUUCAUUUAUCUACAACUACCGCUAAAAUUAACUUCAGCUAGCGCCAUUAAGGUGUGGUCCUCGGCUUCAUCACAUUAGCUCUGCUACGGUGGAAUGUUCACAACCUUCUUACUUUUUCGUCCAGAAGUAUUUAGCUUAUGCGACGACUUUUGACGCAGGAAAAGUUCAGUCGGAACAAAGCCGAUGUAGCCGAGACAUCUCCAGUGAAACCUGAUGGUUAAAAUCAUCUCAGAUCAACGUUGAUUUCCAGUGCCCAAGUUGAUACCGAUAAUCGUGGGCUUUGAUCAAUCGUCUUGCAGCCUAUUUUGGUUUGGGUUCCCGUAUGAUUCUAGGUUGUGGAUUCCGAUCCUAUACAUAAUAUAAAUAAAGCUAUUAACACAAUGAGAAAACGAGAGACCGAACGGUGAAAACAAUAGCGAGAACUGUUGAAAAAACCGACAGUGAUACAAGCUGCAAACGACCCACUCGGGGCUUCUUUUUAUGACGACACGUUAUGGCGGAAGCUUCAAUAUCUAAACACACGAACACAUGAAAAAAUCUAAAUAAAACAACAAAAAAGUAUAUAUAUAUAUAUAUAUAUAUAUAUAUAUAUACAUUUUAAAAUGAGAGUUGUUACCGAACCAUUUUACGAAAGCAGCCUGCGAAAAAAAUAUGUCCUCGUCGGCAGUGGGAACAACAAUUGCCAAUAAAUGUUUAAGGCAGGAAAGUUGCCUGAUGGCUACUCUUGGGCAAUUUCGUUAUAAUAUAUGGCUAGAUAUUCAGUUUGAGAAAACUAGGUUCCGAUAUAAGUAACGGGGUAGGUACGGUAAGCGCGAAAGAAGCCUGACGAAAAACCUGUUUGCGUGUGAAUGAAAACGAAAUAGAGAAAAGGUUAGUUACAUAGGAAAGGAUGAAUGCUAGUGGGUGGCCAGUGAGAGACUGAACAUAAACAGGGAACCAGUAUGCGUGACGAGAGUAUAUGCGAAUGAAGACUAGAAACAAGCAUUGAAUAGAGCAGGUGAAUCACAAUGUCUACCGUACCACAAUGAUGAUUUAAUACGCGCAUUAACGAUAUGAGUAAUACAAACAAUGAUAAUGAUAAUAAUAAUAAUAAUAGCAUCUAUCGGGUUUCCGAGUUCAGAAGAAAUGCACGAAACGCCGACGGACACUUCGCCUUAACGAUAGCCAUUGCUGCUAGCACUACAUAUUGCUACACCAGUCACACAUGUCUAACAUCCUUGAUAACAUCAACGUAACACCGGCGUCAAACAGUUGUCGUCAGCCACUUGCCACUCGCAUCGAAAGCAGACAAAAUCAUAGGGAAGAUAUGAAGAAGAACAAAUGCAGCAGUCAGUUACGGAGCAAAUUAUUCGAAGAAGCUUUGACUUCAUACCGUGAAUCGAGACAUGUGCCAUCUAUGGCUAUAGAAAUUGAUUGAGCUGCUAAGUUAGAUAUUGGGAUAAGGGCACAAUCGAAACGAAAGCGGCAAAGGAUGGAACAAUCGAUUCGCUGGCUCAUAUUGGCGCGGCUUCUGAUAAAUUCAACUGAAACUGAUGCUUGAGGGUUGGAUGGUCUGACUAAUGGAGAACAGGAAGAUAAGGUAGGAACAGACGCGGGACGAACAUAUCUCAUGCACCGUCGUUAAGACAAAAGUGACCACGGUUACUUGGCCGGCACCCACUUUUUUGCCGAGACUGAGGCGUCUACUUCUUAAAUUACAUUUCUAUAUUAUGUAAUAGUUUCAACGGCACACUGUCCCAUUCGAUGGGCCUGCGGCUCGCGAUGUAUCUGCAGUAAAGAAUUUUGAGUAGCAAACUGAAUGAUUGAUUGAGUUGAACAUUGCACGUGAAAUACGUUCAUUGCAACGACUGAAGAGCUAGAGAGUUAGUUCUGGUUAAAAAAAAAACAAACAAAGAGAAAAAAC